AUGACUGAUAAGGGCCUCAAAUCCGAGGACGGCGGGGCAGAGCGCGUGGUCGACGCGAGCUCCGACAGCCCUGGCCUGUUCCGCCGGCCCAAAGCCCAGAGCUUCGGAUCGUUUGUGAUUGAUGCCAAGACGACCGUCAACGACUCGCUUCUGAGCGAGAUCGACGCCGAGAUCGCACGCCCGAGCAAGAAAAAACGCCGCAUCUUUAGCUGCGAGAGCUGUCGCAAGCUCAAGACAAAAUGCGACUACGACGCCGGCCAGGGCAGCUGCAAGCGGUGUCUGCGGCUGCGGCUCGAGUGUUCGCUCGUGGAGAACGGCACCCGUCUGAAUCGGCACGAAUCCGAGCCUCUGCCCUCGGAACCGGUUGAUUCGCGCCUGCGCCGCGUCGAGCAGGCCGUCGAGUCGUUUGACGGCAAGCUCACGUCGCUGCUGGACCUGGUGAAACAGUCUCUGGGCUCUGGCAACCAGCUGGACUUUUCUGUGGUGCACGAGAACGAGCUGCUGGCCAACCAUGACGCUCUCGCGCCGUUGAACGUCAUCAAGCAGAUCGACUCGAAGCUGUUCAACAGGGCGAGCCCCCAUGACCCGUUCAAGCGCAUCUGCGACGAGUUUCUGCGGUUCUACUUCGACAACGAGCGGCUGUGUCUCGAGCUCUCGCGCAGUUUUCUGGAAAUAUCGCAUUUUUGGAUCAUCCCGGGCGGCAUCACGUCCAUCGACCGCAAGUAUGUGCUCGAACACCCGUUCAUCACGUGCGUGUUUGUCCUGUUGGCCAUGUGUUUCGACGAAAAUUAUAAAUACGUCCAGGAGCAGCAGCAGUUGUACGUGCUGGCCACCAGGCUGCUGGGCGUCGCGCUUGUCACUGAGCCGCUCAGCGACCACGAUAUAGAGGCCAUACUGUACAUCUCGCUGUACAACAUCGCACGCAAGCCCAAACAGUCCGAGUUCGACAGCUGGCUGCUGUCCAGCAUCGGUCUGAAGCAUAUCAUAAUUUCCAUCGACUUGAAAAAUAUCAGCCGCCGUGUGGGCAUGAACAUCUUCAACGAGGUCGACCUGUUCCAUCUGCGUAUCUUCAACUCCAUGUGCUCGUGCCAUUUCCAAAAUUCGAUCGGCUACGCCAGACCCAUCAUGCUCACGUCCACGUAUUAUGACCUGUUCGAUCUUACGCUCAAGUUCCCCAAAGCCACGCUCGGCGACGCCAUCAAGGUCGCCGAGAUUGAGCUCUAUCUGGGACUCUCGCGCGGACUCACCAGCUCGCCGCUCUCGUACUAUGUGGACGGCGAACUGCUAUGCUUCCCUGAACAGCAGGAAUGGAAGCAGAAAUGGUCGAAGGUCAUCCAGAAAGACGUCUCGCAAAUGCUCACUUUUGCAUACAAUUUCUCGCACAUCAUGCUGGCCAGGAAGCUCGUCGAGAAACCGGAUGAGAGCAGACCCGAGCUGCGCGUCUGCUACAGCACGGCGUGCCAGUACUCGUUCGAGACGCUCAACCGGUUCCUUCUGUUGUCCAAUAACCUCGUCAAAGGCUCGCCGUCGUUUCAACUCAACCUAGUGGUGUACGCGUGCAUCACUUUGUGCGACUAUCUUGACACCAUGGGCGCGGACGAGCGCAAGAUGUCGCUCAAUUUAAUUUCCAAGAUUUACUGGCAUCUCAACAAGGUUGGCGAGAAAAUGAACGACGCAACAGACACCAUCGCCAAGAUCGUGCGCAAGCUCGUCGACAUCGCCAACGAGACGCAUUCCCAGACCCCGAAAGCGCGGAACUCGUCCCAGAAUAGCGAGACACUGUCCGUUGCAGAUUUGCCCCAGCAGGUAGCCGAACAGCUGUACAGCGCCGCCGAGUCGUACGCCUUGCCCAGCCACGCAGAGCUGCGUCUGCCCGACGUGGCUGCGUUCGACAAUUUUGAGGACUUCUUCAAAGAUCUCUUCGACAGGUAG